CCUCGUCUCGUGGUUUCGUGGGGAUUGACAAGCGUUCUUCUAGGGGAUUACGACGUCUUCUCGCUCAAGCUGGGUAAGGAUCUGUUGUUCUUUGACUAAACAUAUCUAGGUUUAACUCAAGAGUUGUAUCCGUGAGGCUUGUUACUGAUCUUGUUAUAGUCCGAUACCUAGACCCGAAGAAAAUAGAACCGAAGAGAGGGUCGAAGAUAAUAAUGGUUAUUGAAUAUGAAGUACCUAGUUAACAAGUUAUCGGUCCCAUUAUGACGAGUCUUGUCGACAUUUACCUGGAUACCCACCAAGUUAUCAUACCCUAAUAAAAAUUUUCCUACUACUUUAAAUUGUGUUCCAUGCUAUCUUCCGUGAUAUGUGCUUAGAGAAACGUGUGGUAUAUAUGAAUAACCCACACGAUGGGUAGAUCUUUCAGAGCGACAAUGCCGUUGUCGCAUGUAAUAAAGCCUAAGAAAGGGUCAACAAUGGACAAUCGACUAGAAUAUAGUAGUAAAAAGGAUGAUACCGACAAAGCGGUAGGCAUUAAGCAUUAUCAAACCCCAGACAGACGGGACAAAGGAGUUGAGACAUAUAAACCAUCUCCUCAGAAGAUGUAUAGAGGUUUCUAACUCUGCAUAAACAUAAUCAGAAACCGAUCAAAUAAAAAAAUCGAACGACAAUGAGUAAUCCAUCGUCCAGCGAAGACCCCGGCGUCAUCAUGAGCCGUAGGAUGGCCAGGGAUGCCCGAAGACUCUUCCCCCAAAUGGACGACCCGGAGUACACCAGAGGCGAAAUCUACCGUAUCUACAAAUUGAAAAUUCCGGACAUAGACGUAGCUGCCGGCAUGUUAGCCGGAAUCUUUGGCCUCAGCGAGACCGUGUUAGGAAGGGAGAGAGCGCAAGGUCUAUUCCGGCAUCCAGAGUUCAUCAGGGCCUUUGUCGACUUCUCGGAUAUCUACCUCCGAGGGAAGUGGGACCUUCCGGUCGGUGACUGGAUGACUAUCCAUCACCUUAUCCAUGACCACCCGGACCAUAAAGAGUGGCAUUACGGCUCGAAUGCUGAGAAGGGGUGGACUGUCAAUUGUUACUAUGCUCGGUUUGUUACUCACGCCAUCUAUGGGCUCAACCAGACCACGAAAAACACGAAACAACUGGCAUUUUGGGUGAGGGACGCCCCGCUGUGUCACCAGAUUUGGGUACUGAUGCACGCCCUUAUGUACCUGCAACUCGUGACGAUGCGGGAUUCUAAAAAGAAUGCUCCAGUCAAGGAUCGUAUUAGCCAUUUUGUAGAAGGGUUUAAGGCGGACACUCCUGCGAAGACAGAAUUUAAAAUAUCAGAGGAAUUUUCCUGAGAAAAGCAC